CCAAUGUUCAGAAAGCCAGUUUGUGGAGCCCACUAACGCAUGCGUUAACGGCUAGGUUUCUCGUCCCUUUCUUUUCCUUUCUUCCAUAUAAAUGAAGCAGAGCUCAAUGGCACUCCCUCAUCAGCAGCCUCUCAACAUUCCUCAGCGGCUCGCACACAAACACCUCAACCAUUCUUUAUCCUCAGCUUUCAGUAGCCAUGGCUGUUUCUCUGAGAACACUAACUUCCUCUUUGGUGUUCCUAUCUCUUCUAUUAAGUUUCACAGAAGCAAGAGAAAUACUGGUCGGGGGCAAGGCAGACGCCUGGAAGAUCCCGUCAUCAGAAUCUGACUCUCUCAACAAAUGGGCUGGAAGUUCCCGUUUCCUCAUCGGCGACUAUUUGGUAUGGAAAUAUGAUGGUGGACAAGACUCAGUGUUACAAGUGACAAAGGAGGCUUACCAGAGCUGCAAUACUACGGAUCCAGUUGCAGAGUACAAAGAUGGAAACACUAAGGUGAAGCUGGAGCGACCAGGGCCCUUCUAUUUCAUCAGUGGAGCCAAGGGACACUGUGAGCAAGGCCAGAAGUUGAUCGUCGUGGUUUUGACUCCAGGGCACAGGUACACUGCGAUUUCUCCAGCGCCUGCUCCAGCUGAAUUUGAGGGUCCUGCCAUUGCUCCCACAAGCUCUGCUACAAGCAUUAAGGCUGGUUUGGUGACGUUGGGGCUUUUUGUUUUGGCCUUGUUCUGAAACCUGCUGGGAUUUUCUGGGUUGUGAAUGUGUGAUGAGAGCAUUGCCAGCUUAGAUGUUGGAUUCCAGGAGGGAAUUGGAUUUUGAUAUACAACUAAUUAAUUAGCAAAAAUGGAAUUAUUACAUUUUUUUUUAACCUACAUUAUAAAAUUUUUACCUGUCU